UUCUCAUGUCAACUAGUCUCAUCGUCCAGGCGCCGCAGUUAGGGUGUAGCUUUCUUAGGCAUCAAUGCCGCGCUCUAGUGGCGGCCACCGAUCUCUCCGGCGGAUUCCAGCGGCCAGAGACGAUAAAAUGGGAUAGGGAUCUCGCGAAUAAUGUGAGCUUGAUUGGAUUUCUAGGUAAAGAUCCCGCUUGGGGCUACAGCGAGCAAGGAAGAAUCGUGUAUGGCUCGAUAAAAACCCCCCAUUCGUGGUUUUUGCUUGAUUUCUGCGACCCAGUCUCGGAAAUUGCUGUUGAGCAUGCUAAGAAGGGGGAUUGGGUUCAAGUUCAAGGAGAAUUGCUUGUACCAAAGCCUGGAGAUAAGAUCGUCACACCUAAGGUGCUUGUUAAAGAUUUUAAGUUUGUCGAGAAAUCAAACGACUCCAAAAUCGAGACUGCCAGGCUCUGGCUAGAGUUUUUUGCUGCUCCAAAUGAAUGGUGGGACAACAGAGCAAUCAAGAGAAAUGCGAGAGCUCCAGACUUUAAACACAAAGAGACGCGAGAAGCACUGUGGCUCAACAGUCAGGACUUGCCUUCCUGGAUUCCUUCGCAAAUCCAAGCUCUAGAAUCCAAAGGCAUCCUGAAAAGAUAGUAGGGCUUGGUAAUGCGAUGGAUUGGAAGGCAAACUGGCGCUUUGCGCUGCUUUCACAGCUUACUUGAAAGCACAAAGCUCCAUUCUCGUCCCGCCACCAUUGG